UAUAGAGAGAGAGUUGUAGCAGACUAGCAGCAAAGAAGAUCGAUCGAUUCCCUGGAGGCCAUUCAACAACUGCUAGGAGCAAAGAAGUUCGAGUCCCUGGAAAUCCAGUCAGCCAUCAACGGUCGAGCCGCCGCCCCGACCAUGAGCGACACCGUCGUCAUCACCCUCGCCGUUGACAAGAGCAGCGCCAUCCAAUGGCCAGGCAUCAGCAAGGGGACGUCGUCGACGGGCGGGAUCGAGAGCGUGAUGUUCACGUACAAAUUCAUGGAGGACCAGCCUGUAGUGUCCACCGACGUGCAGGGAAGGGAGGUUGAGCCGUGCGCCGACAUGGUAGAUAACGCAGUCAGCGUGCCACAAACAGACGAGGGAACUGCCGCCGCCGACUGCAUGCGCACCGCCGAUCGAGAAGUCGACGUUUGCGCUCGCGAGAGCAGGGGUCAUGUCGCCGACGUGUGCUCAGAAGCGCAGCUCAUGGCCGGCAACUCUGUUGUCUACCUUGAUGAUGAAGGCCCAGUCGCGCGGCUCUUUCAAUGGGUUGCCGGUCUCUGUGGAGGAAACUGGGACUUUGCCGUCCAUGCAUGCCCUGAAGCACAACUCAUAGGCGAUAACCCAGUUAUCUACCAAAACGGUCUCGUCCAGUGGCUUCUCCGGUAGUCUCUCUUCAGUUACGCGCUGCCGAUCGUGGAGACGGCCUUGUUCAAAGUGAGGUUUAUAAAUGUCAAAGAAAUCACAGUUUGGAUUGGAUGUCCACCAGAUAUAUAUCCCCACCGGCCGUCCGUUUCAGUUGGGAUCCAAGCCAGGGAGGAAAUGCUUUGACUCUCAUUAGGUGAGGCCAAUCGCAGGACACAUCUGCAUAAAUCCCAAUGUUUAUAUCCUAGCUCACUUGAUUUCUCUUCUUUCUCCUCAUUGUACAUAAACACCGUCCAUUUUCCUUCAUAUUGCUGGAGUGUUGCCGCUGCUUCGAGUUUGUAAGUUUGUCCGCAGGUGUAUUUCUUUGUAAUCUAGUGGAAAGAAAUUUGAUUGUGUAAAUUUGUAA